AUGGCACAACAAGGAAGCGAUAAUUCCUCCUAUGACGACGACAACCAAGGCCACACAACGAUGACAACGAUAUACGUGGAAUACCAAUUACUCAUGUUGGCUUCACAGGGAAAGCAAAAGCCGGAUGCCUUCGGAAUGCAAGGUUUCUCACCCCAUGUCAAGAUGACAGCUGCACAUAUCUUGCAGAUGCAAUUGACGAGUGCGUGUAAUGAUCUUAAUGUAUUAUAUAAUCCACUUUUCAAUGAUGUUGUCGAAGGUCUAGCCACAAAUAUUCAAUUUACUAUAAAUGGUAGAGCGUACAAGCAAGGAUAUUAUCUAGCAGAUGGUAUAUAUCCACGUCGGUCAACUAUUGUUCAAGCAAUUCCCGAUCCACAAGGACGCGAUAAACAAUUAUUUACGAGGUUGCAAGAGGCAUAUCGAAAGGAUGUUGAAAGAACUUUUGGCAUCCUCCAAUCUCGAUUUGAGUUUAUUACAGGACCUUGUCGAUUAUGGCACAAUGCCCAAAUUGAUGAAGUUAUGAAAUGUUGUAUAUUUCUUCAUAAUAUAAUCGUGGAAGACAACCACAAUCAAGAAGGUGACGAUUUUGUCGAGCACGUAGAGCAACAACCUGUUGAUCAAGACCCGAUAACGAUUCCAGAAUAUUUAAGCAACCGUGCCGGACUUACAGAUAAAACUCGUUAUUUUAUGCUCCGAAAUGAUCUCGUCGAGCAUGUUUGGAAAGAGUAUCGAGAUGGAAAUUUGAAUGUUUAA